GGUGCUGGGCUGGCGAGUGGCCGCCGCUAUCACCUGGUCCGUGCUGCUGCUGCCCAUCUGCACCGCGGCCUUCAUCAUCCUCAGCGGCCUCGACCCGUUCCAUCCGGUGCGCUGGAUCUCGAAUUCUUUCAAUGAUUUGUAUACUUCCUAUGUCAUCUUUUGUAUCUUCCUGAUGUCUAUGGUGAUAAUAAUAAUAAGCAUCUUCAACAUUGAAUUUUAUGCAGUUGUACCAUCGAUACCAUGCUCUCGAUUAGCACUGAUAGGAAAAAUUAUUCACCCUCAGCAAGUCAUCCAUUCCUUUGUUCAUGCUAUCAUGGGAAUGCUGGUUACUUGGUGUGCUACAGUCAUGACAAAAGGGAGGUUCCAGUUUCUUGCUGUGUCCUGCACGCCUUCAGAAGGCCUAGAAGAUGCUGUUCCUCAGAUGUGCCUAAACGAGUAUCACCUUUUCUUUCUACUUUCUGGAGCUUUCUUGGGAUACAGUUACAGCCUUUUCUAUCUUAUUAACAACAUGAAUUAUUUGCCAUUUCCAAUCAUACAGCAAUACAAGUAUUUACGUUUCAGAAGAUCUUUGCCUCUCCUGAUAAAACACAGUUGUGUGGAAUCACUACAUUUUGUUAGAAACUUCUGUGUCACAUAUUACUUUUUUGGUUAUAUCCCAAAGGUGUGGAUAUGUACCACGAUGGAUCUUCAUACAGACGGUAAAUUACAUCCUCUUGACACUCUGAGUGGCUUAUUGGAUCUCUCCUUGUUUUACCAUACCUGGCUGAGUGGUGUGUUUCUUCUGAUGACCUGGUACAUUGCUUGGCUGCUCUUCAAAAUCUAUGCCACAGAGAGUCAUCAUUUUCCCAUUCAACCAACAUUUGCUCAGGAGACAGACCAGUGCCUGCCUAAGAUCUUAAACAGCAAUCCUCCCCUCCUUAUAAAGUUUUUAGCCUUACAAGACUUGAUGUUACUUUCCCAGUAUUCUCCUGUUCGACGACAGGAAGUCUUCAGCCUUAGUCAGCCAGGUGGGCACCCACACAACUGGACUGCGAUAUCCCGGGAGUGUUUGAGUCUCCUGAGUGACCUGACUCAGAGGCUGAUUGCACAGCAGGAAGCAGCAGCAGCAGCAAAUGGGAGAGCAAAGCCACCAGUGGGAGAGCUGAAAGUACCUCCACAGACUCCAGGAGCUGCUGGGAUAGAAGACAUGUCAUUCCAGUCACAGAGGUCCAACAUUGUUCUCAGAGCCUCCAUGUCUCCACUGGUUAAGCCAUCCCUGAUGCCUGUGAAGACAUCUCCUGGCUCUGAUGUUGGUUCACCUUUCAGCUCUCCUGCUUUAAAUUACAAGAUGGGAGUUGUGGAUAUAAAGUCUCCUUGGCAUGGACCAGUCCAAAGUCCCCAUGUCAUGAGAAGGGGACCAAAGCUGUGGACAUCAGUUUCAGAUCAGCAAAUGAAUGGUUCUCACCAUGAAUCCUUCCCUGUGCUCUCUGCUGCAAGAACUGGCACUGAGGCAGUGCAGCCAAGAUUUAUUUACACAUGGCUUCAGAACAAGCAAGAACAGAUAAAAACCUUCUUGUCCAAACGGGCGCUGAUAAUGUAUUUCUUCAGCAAGCACCCAGAAGCCUCCAUCCAGGCCGUCUUCUCUGAUGCCCAAAUGCACAUCUGGGCUUUGGAAGGUCUGUCUCACUUGGUAGCAGCCUCCUUUACUGAAGACCAAUUUGGAGUUGUCCAAACUACACUGCCAGCUAUCCUGAACACAUUACUGACUCUUCAGGAGGUCGUAGACAGACAUUUCAAACUGCCACAUGUUUCUAGCAAACCUCCCCGAAUUUCAGGGAGUCUGGUGGACACAUCCUACAAAACACUACGGUUUGCACUUAGAGCAUCUCUGAAAACAGCCCUAUACCGGAUAACUACUGUCUUUGGAGAACACUUGAAUGCUGUACAAGUGUCUACAGAACAUAAGAAAAGACUUCAGCAAUUCCUGGAGUACAAAGAAUAAAUUUCGAUGCAACUACGGUUGGUUUUUUCAAGACUCUUGCUAAGAAGAAAGUGGGACUAAUGAGGAUUUUUACCUUGCCUUUCUGGAAAAGCAUAUGGAAGUAUAGGUUGCAGAACAAAACUUUUAGAACUGUAGAAGAGUUCUUAUGGGUUUGGAUCAUUUUUUGUAUAAUAAAACUUAUAAAAUUCA